CACCAACGACGAUCCACCAUUUAUUUUUGUUACGAACCAUCUUCGAUCCCCCUAACUCCGCAAAUCCUAAUGGCAGGUUCCUUGUUGGCUGGUUCCCCAGUUCUAAUUCUCUACGCCUCUGAAUUGGGGACUGCCGCCGAUUUAGCCAAGGAGGUUGCCCAUACUCUCCUUCGUCGUCGACUCAAUGUUAAGUGCAUGGAAGCAAACGAGCUCGACCCGUUCACUUCUUUGCCCAUCUACAAGACCAUAAUUUUCCUUGCCUCUACUACUGGUCAAGGUGAGAUUCCAAUGAAUGGAAAAGACUUUUGGAGGAAGUUCCUAGUGAAACGUAUUCCACGGGAUUGGCUUAAAGGUGUCGAGUUCACGACAUUUGGUUGUGGCGAUAGUACAUAUCUGAAGUACAAUGCGGCUGCGAGGAAAAUUCAUGGUAGAUUUUUACAGCUCGGCGCUACACAAAUGGUCGCAAGAGGCGAAGGCGAUGAGCAGCAUAGUGAGGGGAUUGAUGGCUCGUUUUUCCCAUGGUUGGAGAUGCUUGUCGACACUUUAUCCAUGAAAUACCCUCUCCCAGACGGGGUCGAGCCUCUGCCUGCGGACCACUUGCUGGAGCCCGAACACUUUGUGACUCUCACAAGCCACCGCAAGGUCACUUAUCUAGUUCGAGAUGUCAUGAAAGACCUCCACGUCCAGCGUCCAGCCUCUAGAACGUGUCUUAUUGUUAGAAACAAGCGGGUUACGGCAGAAUCGCACUGGCAGGAUGUAAGACACAUCACUAUUAGCGUACCGGGAUCUAGCGUAAGAUGGGCACCUGGAGACACGGUGACUCUUCUACCAAAGAAUUUUCCUGAAGACGUAGAAGAAUUUUUGGUCUGUCAGGGGCUCAUUGAUGUUGCCGACCACCCAUUGGGUUUUAUGAGGAUACCCAAUCCAGCGGUUGAGUCUCCGCUCCCAGGGAGGCUUGUUCAGCCGUUAACCCUGCGCACCCUACUAACACACCACUUGGACCUCACUUCGAUUCCUCGCCGUGCCUUCUUCGGUAUGAUCGCCAACUUUACUGACAAUAAAGUUCAUAAAGAGCGUAUUCUGGAGUUUACCAAUCCCGAAUACCUCGACGAACUUUACGACUAUACGACUCGGCCCCGCCGAAGCAUACUUGAGGUUUUACAGGAAUUUUCCAGUGUUAAAAUUCCAAUCAAUCGCCUCAUAGACGUCAUUCCGGUAAUGCGCGCACGCGCUUUCUCGGUCGCAAGCAGUAAUACCGGUCACUCGCCGGGUUCGUUUGAUGAAAAAAUUGAUCUAGAGAUUCUGGUUGCGAUUGUGAAAUAUAAGACCAUUAUCAAGAAGACCCGUCAAGGUGUUUGCACUAGAUGGCUUGCUUCUCUCAAAGAAGGCGAUCCCAUCAGUGUGGUCUUUCAACACGGCACUUUGGUCCCCCAUUCCACCACGGAAUUGUACAACAAACCGACUGUAAUGAUCGCCCCAGGCACCGGGGUCGCCCCCAUGCGUGCGCUUCUACGGGAACGCAUUUUUGACAAGGGUCAUUAUCUCAAGAAUACUCUGAUAUUCGGCUGCCGCGGGAAGGACACUGACUUCUUCUUUCAGGAGGAGUGGGUCGAGUUGGUUCGCAGGGAUUUCCUCAGGUUGAAUACUGCCUUCUCUCGGGACCAGCCGGCCAAAAGAUACGUUCAGCAUGUUAUCCUAGAACAAGCGGGACAUCUCUGGGAGAGGAUUUUUAAGCAAGGUGCUGUAGUCUAUGUUUGUGGGAGCUCUGGAAAUAUGCCAAUCGCCGUUCGAGAGGCACUCAUCAAGGUCUUCCAGGAGAAGGGUGAAUGGGAGAAGGAGGUGGCUGUCGCCUAUCUCGCUCACAUGGAGAAGGAGGGGAGGUUCAGACAAGAAACAUGGUAAUGGUGUUUGCUUUCUCUUCUUGUAAUUUUCUCGCUGCUUAGAUGUCGAUGGGCCAUCUAGACUAGAUUUUGCGGUUAAUUGGGGCGUAUUUGAUGCGACAGGCUUCCUUUCUGUCGAUUUGUUUUCUUCGUAGGUCUGUUUGUGUUUUAUCAUGGUUGUUGAUAGGCGUUUCUUGCACGGAUACCGGGUUUUUUUUGUUUCUCUUUAGCUUAGCAUCUGACCGCCCACUCUAAAUUGAAUACGCUCGAGGAUACCGACCCCUUUGUUCUUCAAUA